UCAUAUCAAAUCAUUUGUUUAUCAUCAUCAUUACGAAAAAACUAAGUUGCUUAUCAAUAAGAAAAAAAUGCCGGGCUGUUGUUGUGCUGUAUACGGUUGCACUAACUCGUACGCGCGAUUAACCAAUAACGGAAACACCGCCAACCACAUACGUAUGUUCACAUUUCCUGGAGGUAACACCCCCGAAGCAGUUAAGUUAAGAGAAGAAUGGGCUACGAGGUGCUUCAGACAAGACGACUCUCUCAACAUUUGCCUAAAGAAUCAGCGGGUAUGCUCCGAACAUUUCGCUGAAGAAGACUACGAUCGGGAUUUGAGGAGUGAACUUCUUGGCCUACCUACGAAAUUAAAACUUAAAAAAGGGGCUUUACCAACUCUGAAGUUGCCCCCAAAAGAUUCGGCUCUGGUAAUACCUGAAAUGACUGAAGAGGUAAAGGAAGAAGAUAUUGUAGUUUUUGAGUUUGAACGGGAAAUGUACUCGACUCCUUAUGAUAUAAGAGAGGAAAUAGGGCUGAGUGGCGAAGAACUUUUAGAGGAACCCCCCGAGCAACAACCGAAUCUUUUAGAUGGCGCGGUGGUACUUUUUGCAGAACCAGAUUAUGAAACAAUGUAUACGGAGUUGCUUGAGAAGUACCAAAGAUUGCAAAGGAAUUAUAAAACACUGACUGAUUUUUCGAAUGUUAAAAUUAAAAGGUUAAAUAACGCUGUUAGAUAUUAUAAAAUCGAGAGCAACAAGUUAAGGCUGAAAAUUGAUCUGUGCACUUGUUAUCAGGUUAAAUGUGUACCGAAUCCGAAACGCGCAAAAAAGCCAAAAACUGAAUCAGAAAAAGAAGAAAUACAAGUUGAUUUAAGUUUUUUAGAUAGUUUUAAAUAAGAGAAAUUUAUAUAGACAUAUUAUAUUCUAUAAGGAAUGUAAACGUUGCUGGAUGUUGACUUAAUGUAAUAUAUAUAUUUUUUGAUGUGUUUAAA